CAAAUAGAGCAAAUAGCAGACAGCAAUAGCAUCCCGCUGCUAAUUUCUGGGGGUGGUUUAUAAUCUGCAAUUAAUGCAUUCCAUUUCCCUUUCUUCUUUUAAUCUUAUUUGAUUCUCCAAGAUUUAUCAUCCUUCCCCUCCCCUUCAUUUGCUUCCUUCAACCAUUUCCAAGAUUGAUUUUCUUUGAUACCAUUACAGUGGGGAGGGAAAAUGAACCAAAUUCUAGGGUAAAUUGUGUUUUCGAUUUCGUCGAGAGUUGUGGUUUCUGGAAGGAUCCCCAUAUCUUUUUUUGUUAAUCAGGAAUUAGGGUUUCUGGCUUUUGGGCUUUCCAAUGGCCGAAUCCGAUUGAUGAUGUGGAGAUGAUUGGGAAACGGCCGAGCAAUUCUCAAAUGCCGAAACUCAAACGUUGUUCAAACGAGAAAGUAGAAAUCACUGGCGGCGAUGACGCUGAAGAAUCAUUCUCCGUCCCUGUGAAUUGCAAGAAGAUGAAGAGGACGACUGAUCAAUGUCUAACAGUUCCAGGGAAUCAAUUACAGGGGAACGACGUUGAUUUUUCCGUACCAUGCACCACUGGCAAGGCGAAGACCGCUUCUCAGAGGGAUGCCAAGAAGGAACAGCAGCCAUUGUUGAAAUCCUCCCGAGGCCGAACGCAGGUACUUCCCGUGAAAUUUAGCGACUCGAUUAUGCCCCCGUGGAAGAAAGAAAGGACUGGCAGCUUACCUGAUAAGGAUGAAUUGGGCGCUCAGGAUAUUAACACUGUGAAACGAGAGGAUUCAUCGUCGUCUUAUGAUGACAUAUACUUGGUUAAGAAAUCACAGCAAAGUGAACCUAGAUUGAAAAACGUAGCCGUAGCGCCGCCUUACUCUAGCUCACUAAGUUCUCUGACAUCAGUUAAUGAAGGGGGCAGUUCUUGUGUUUCUCCCUUAGUGGAAAAUGGUGGAAAGAUGGAUGGAAGUGCAGAGCUGAAGAGGCCUGUGGAGGAGAAAGUUGUUCAAAAGAAGGCAGAUUUUUACCAACUUACUGAUUUUUCAGUUGGUGAUAAAGUGUGGGCGAAAUGCGGCAAGAAUUUCCCUGCUUGGCCUGCUGUUGUUAUCGACCCAGUUUGGCAAGCUCCUGAGACGGUAUUGAAAGCUCGUGUUUCGAGCACCCUUUGUGUGAUGUUCUAUGGGUACUCCAGGAGAGGACUAAGGGAUUACGCAUGGAUAAAAGCUGGAAUGGUUUUUCCGUUUCUUGAGUACAUUGAAAGGUUUCAGGGGCAGACCAAAUUGUAUGGUAGCAAACUAGCUGACUUUCAUUCGGCUGUGAAUGAGGCAAUGUUAGCAGCAAAUGGCCAUGGAAAUUCAGCCAUGGAAGCCGAGCAGGAGGCAUCACCUGUGAAAAAUGAUGACAGUGUAAAAGAGACAACUGGUUCAAGUCAGGAGUCGGAAUACAAUAUCUCACAGAAUAUAAUUGAUAAAAGUAAAAGUACUGAAGUCUGUGACAGCUGUGGCCUGAUGUUUCCAUGCAAAAUGAUCAAAAAAGUGACUGAUGCAAGAGCUAAUUCUCAUUCUCUCUGUGAACAUUGCAUUAAGUUGCGAAAAUCAAAAAAAUGCUGUCGCAUUUGCAAUAAAAAUUCGCAGCAUUCUGAAGGCGGCAGUUGGAUCUGUUGUGAUGGUUGUGAUGUUUGGGUCCAUUCUCGCUGUGCCAACAUUUCUCCUAAGCUUUUGAAGGAUCUGGCAAAUUUGGAGUACUUUUGCCCUGAAUGUGAAGCAAAGCCAGCAUCCGAAUCGUUGGGUUUGGAUAAACUAGAAGUAUAUAUUAGACCUGAUGAAAAUCUUGGAAGCAAAGUGCCACCUGAUAAGAUAACGGUGAUCUGCAAUGGCAUGGAAGGGAUUUACUUUCCAAGUCUCCAUUUGGUUCAGUGUAUUUGUGGUACAUGCCAUGCAAAGAAAUAUGGGCUCAGUGAGUGGGAACGGCAUACGGGGUCUAGAGCAAAAAAAUGGAAGCAUAGUGUGAAAGUGAAGGCCACUAAUGCAUCACUGGAAAAAUGGAUGCAAGAGUAUAAUGUGCAUGCCUACAAUCAUAUGCGGUUGGAUAAGCAUCAGCUUUUAGCUUUUCUUAAAGAAAAAUAUGAUCCUGUCGAUGCAACAUGGACCACAGAACGAUGUGCAAUUUGUAGAUGGGUUGAAGACUGGGACUACAACAAGAUAAUAAUAUGUAACAGAUGUCAAAUUGCUGUACAUCAAGAAUGCUAUGGAGCUAGGAAAACUCAGGAUUUUGCUUCAUGGGUUUGUCGAGCUUGUGAAACCCCAGAGAUUGAGAGAGAAUGUUGCCUAUGUCCUGUGAAAGGGGGUGCAUUAAAACCAACGGAUAUUGAACCUUUAUGGGUUCAUGUUACUUGUGCGUGGUUUAGGCCAGAAGUUGCUUUCUCUAAUGCAGAGAAUAUGGAGCCUGCUGUUGGACUUUUCAGAAUUCCACCUAGUUCGUUCACAAAGGCAUGUGUUAUUUGCAAGCAGAUACAUGGAUCUUGCAUGCAGUGUUACAAGUGUGUCACCUACUUUCAUGCUACAUGUGCUUCUCGUGCUGGAUAUUGCAUGGAGCUGCAUUGCUCUGAGAAGAAUGGAGUUCAGAUUACAAAAUGGAUAUCAUAUUGUGCAGUUCACAGGCCCCCUAGCAUGGAGAAUGUACUGGUGAUUCAGACUCCACAAGGAGUAUUUUCUAACCGAAGUUUGCUCCAAAGCCAAUAUCAAGAGCAAUGCUCAAGAGGCUCGAGGCUCAUAUCGUCAGGGAAUGUCGGGUGUUUAGCUUUGAGUCCUGCUGAAGAUACAAAUGAAUUAGAAGAAAUGUCUAGUGCAAGGUGCCGCAUCUAUAAACAAUCGAGCGUGAAGCGCACUGGAGGAGAGUCAGCAUGCCACCGCUUGAUGGGGCCUAUUCACCACUCUCUAGCUGACAUAGACAAAUUAAAUUCGCAUAUUGUGGACACUGGCAAGGCAAAAGAUUUCUCAAAUUUCAUAGAAAGGCUCGAGAAUUUAAAGAAAACAGAAAUUUAUCGAAUUUGUUUUGGUAAAUCAAGAAUACAUGGAUGGGGUCUCUUUGCCCGGAGAAACAUUAAAGGAGGAGAGAUGGUGGUUGAAUAUCGAGGUGAACAGGUUAGACGCAGUAUAGCCGAUCUAAGGGAAGCAUCCUAUCGAUCAGAGGGCAAAGAUUGCUAUCUUUUCAAAAUCAGCGAGGAAGUCGUAAUUGAUGCUACUAACAAGGGAAACAUAGCUCGCUUGAUCAACCAUUCGUGCACGCCCAACUGCUACGCGAGGAUCAUGAGCAUGGGCGAAGAAGAGAGCCGGAUAGUUCUCAUAGCUAAAACCAGCGUUAAGGCUGGCGACGAGCUAACGUACGACUACUUGUUUGAUCCAGACGAUCGCGAGGAGGUGAAGGUACCCUGCCUGUGCGGGGCUCCCAACUGCAGGAAAUUCCUAAACUAGAGAAACAACUGCUGUAAGUUACUUUAGCCUUACCAUCGAACACCAGCUUCUGAUAAUGAUAGAUAACCUUAUAGCAGAGUUUAGUUUUCUCUUGGUCCUUAAAAAUGUAAUUACCAAAUUUUACUUCCAUUUUUGAACAUCUAGUAGAUACAAAUAAUUGACUAUCCACCACCUAGUAGAUAUCAUUCAUAUAUUGCUUUCAAUA